CGCCGCUUUCCCAUCCCCAGCCUCUCUACCUCCGCGGUCGCCAUGUCCGCCCCCUCGAUUCCCCUGUCGAGUGCACCGAUGAUCUCCACCCUGGCGUUGGAGAUCUUCGAGUCGCCCACUCCGCCGGCCUCGCCGACGCAAAUGAACUAUCCCGCCCGGCCGGCGGACGCUUCCUUCACUCGGGUCAGCGGAGACGUGCAUUUGGAGCUGGUGGUUCCCACGGCCCUGGAGCGCCAGGAGGCGGUCCGGCUCUUCGAGCAAUCGCACAACCGCCUCUCGGCCCUCACCACGGCCGUGGUGGACAUCCAGACCGAGUCGCGCCAGGCCCGACUGAGUCGCCUCCAGCGCGAGGUGGCCGAGUUGGUGGCCGAGAUGGACGCCUCGGACGCCGGGUCCGACACGCGCCCGGACCCCGGCGCCACUGGGGACCUUGUGGCUCAGGCCCGAGCCCUUUCGCGGCAAAUCCAGCAGCUGGGCGCGGCUCAGGGUUCUGCCGGCCGAGGCCACUUCGCCGGAGCGACCCAGGCCCAGGCGGAGGCCCUGCGCGCCGGGUCUGGCGCUUCGGCCGAGCUGUCCACCAUUGCCAGUGCCGCCUUCCCGGUUUGCGAGGACCCACUGCAGCUGAAGGAGCUCCUCAGCCGAAGCGUCGAGCAGCAGCGCGCCAUUGAGAGCCGCAUCCACGCCCUGGAGCAGGCUCUGAAGCAGGCGGGCUUCCUGACGCCCAAAGCUCAGGCCGCGAACCAUGCCAAGCGCCUUGGCCAACUGGAGCAGUCGCUCAAUGCCCUGGAUACGGACCGCCUUUCCGGCUUGGUGACUCGGGCCCGUGAGACCAUCCUCCCGGAGCUGGAGGCCGCGGCCGGCAUCACUAGCCCCGAUAGUUUGGACGACGAGGCGGCGUUCUCACUGCGCCUGGCUCGCUGCUACGAGGCCGUCACCAAGUGGGACCAGGUGGCCGAAACCCUGCCAAUCGUGGUCCAGCGCAUGCAGCAGCUGGCCGGACUACACCACCAGGCUGCCGGCAUCUCCAACACCGUGGACGACCUGCGGUCCGAGCAGCAGCAGCUCCUGGUCAAACUGCACACGCAGGCGUCGCUGCUGAAGAAGCUGGACGCGGCCAUCUCCGAGGCGGCCGGCACGAUCGCCGCCACCGGGGCCGCCAUCGCCUCGUCCGCCGGCGCGAAGGCCACUUGAACCGCAAUACAACUGCACCCGUUGAAUCACGUGC